GUUAUCUUGACAUUUGGAGUUGUGGGCGCACUCAGAACCAAUGAAAUAUGUAAUCUGAAUAUUCAGGAUGUUGAAGACACUGGAAUUCCAUCUGCCACUAUCACCAACGAAGCUCCAUCUACCUCCACUGCCAAUCAAAACAAUCCAAAAACAAAUUUGAAUGAUGAUGAUGUGCCCGUAGAAAAUUUCUUACAGCCUGAUUCCGAUGAUGAUCUUUUUUUUGAAGCUCAUUUGGAUGAUGAUUUUGAUAGUAAUAUAAAUUUAAAUCUAUCUGCGAUUACUGAAACUGAUGAUCAUGUUCCAAAAUCUACAGAAAUUAUUAGUACACCUGAGCAUAAAUCAGUUCCAAAAGUGGAUUCAACUCAGAAAUGA